AUGAAAAUCAUUAUUGCUCUGUCUUGCCUUUUGGCUUUGGCCUAUGCCAACGAGAAUGCCAACGUCCUUCGCAAUGAUGCCGAAGUUAAUGUCGAUAGUUUCAAAUAUGCAUGGGAAUUGGAUAACAGCGCCAAGGUUGCCCAGGAGGGAGUUCAAAAUGGUGAGGAAUGGAAGGUAAACGGUCAACAUAGCUGGACUUCUCCCGAAGGUGAGGCCGUCUCUAUCCAAUAUCUUGCUGAUGCCAAUGGUUACCAAGUGCUUGCCGCCAACCCACCAUUGCCCACACCACCACCAGUCCCAGAGGCAAUCCAAAGAGCUUUGGCAUAUAUCGCUGCCCAUCCACCACAACCUGAGCAUUAAAUUCGAGUCAAAAAUGUUACCAAAUAGUUCAAAAUAAAA